CUUCGCCCUCCCUGCCAUUCGCUUGUAUCGCAGCCACUUACAUCGCACCCGCUCAUAGGUGAGCGGAGGCGCGCUGACAGUCGGUCACUCAUCGCGAGAGGAACAGGGCAGAGGUAGAUUGGACCGCGCGUUGUCAAAAUCAUCCGUCUCGCCCACGAACCCAGACGAGACUCAUAAAGACAAGUUGUAGCUUUAUUGGAGCAGAGGACCGACCCCACUUGGACCUGACAGUUCACCUCCAUCCAUCUGCACUACCAUCGGCUUAACAUGGAGCGCCAAAUCCCUGAUUUCUCCGGCACCUGGGAGAUGAAGAGCUCUGAAAACUUCGAGGAACUUUUGAAAAAAUUGGCUGUGAACAAGAUGCUGCGUUUAAUUGCCGUGAAGGCCGCCUCCAAGCCUCUGGUGGAGAUCACGCAGGACGGAGAGACGCUGUCCAUCAAAACCUCCACCACAGUCCGCACCACCCACAUCACUUUCACCGUGGGGCAGGAGUUCAACGAGGCCACUGUGGACGGACGUCCCUGCACGAGUUUCCCACGCUGGGAAACCGACAGCAAGAUCACUUGUGAGCAGACGCUGCCGAAAGGAGAAGGGCCCAAGACGUCCUGGACCCGAGAGAUCACCAAUGACGGCAAACUGAUCCUGACCAUGGGAGCAGAUGAUGUCAUAUGCACCAGAGUCUACGAGCGACAAUGAAUGAGAGCACUUCUCCCUUUUCGUUCCCUCCGGCCACCAUCCUUUUCCUGCAUCACCACUUGCAUCUCUUCACACCCUCCCCCCCCCCCUUUUUUUGUUAUGGCAGCACUCUGAGGUUUGAUUCCAUCGUCUCUGUGGGCCUCACAGGUGUGGCAGCUGAAUGUCACUUGUCUCAGCUCCUGUCAGUGGUCCUUUUGAACAUGAAACCCGUGCGUUGGGUUCGAUGAGUGAGAGCUUCAUUGUGUGAGACUAUAUUUGUAGAUGUGUAAACCAAAUCUCUUUCACGUUGAGGUCAGUUUGGAUGUGCACCUCCUCUCUGCUCCUUUAGCCCACAACGCUAACCUUUUUUAUCUCAUUUAUAUUUAUUACUACACUAGAAGUCUGCUUCAGUACCGCUUACGUUUUUACUUUGUGUCUCUUUUAUAUGAAAUAUGACCAUAGGAAACACUUUCUGUGGGGAAAUAAUAAAGCAUGAUAUUAACUCA